CUUGUGUUAAAUAUUUAGCCUGUACAAUGGCUUGUUUAAAUUCACGCAAAAUUGGAAGAAAAGAAUCUGGAAAACAUUCGAAAAAGGAUUUACAGAUUCUUCCAGGCUUUUAUCUUCGACAACUUGGUAUCAAACUCGGUAAAACUAUUGGUGAAGGAUCCUAUUGUAAAGUAAAAAUUGCGUUGUGUUAUGAUCGAAAAGAUAAAUCAUUAUCGCAAAAAGUUGCAUGUAAAGUAAUUGAUAAAAAUCGAGCUAGUACUGAUUUCAUCGACAAAUUUUUACCAAGAGAAUUAAAUAUUAUAUGUUCAAUUAAACAUCCACAUAUUGUAAGCGUAUUGUAUGCUCUUGAAUUAAGUGAUCGAGUUUAUAUUUUUAUGGAUUUAUGUGAAAAAGGCGAUCUUUUGGAAUAUGUUAAAGUAAAUGGAUCAUUACCAGAAUCACUGACGAAACGUUAUUUUAGGCAAUUGGUCUCAGCUGUGGAAUAUUUACAUUCGAAAGAUAUUGCCCACCGCGAUUUAAAAUGCGAAAAUAUAUUAUUAACAAGUAAGAAUAAUAUAAAAAUUGGUGAUUUUGGGUUUGCCCGCCUAUGUCGUGAUGCACAAACUGGAACACGGGUGUUAUCAAAUACAUUUUGUGGUUCCGCAGCUUAUGCAGCACCGGAAGUUUUACAAGGUGUACCGUAUAAUCCAAAAAUGUAUGAUAUUUGGUCAUUAGGUUGUGUCUUAUAUAUUAUGUUAUGUGCUUCGAUGCCCUUUGAUGAUACAGAUAUUCCAACUAUGCUUCACAUUCAAAAACAUCAUCUGAUUGAGUUUCCAAAUCGAAUUGAUCAAGUAUUGAGUACUUCAUGUCGUAAUUUGAUCAUGCACUUAUUAGAGCCUGAUAUAACAAGACGAGCAACUAUUUUACAAAUUUCGAAAUCCGAG